UCCCCUAGAUAAACAUGGUAAUAUGAAGCACAUCUCAAACCAUCUGACAUAGAUCUAGAUCAAAGAUACCAUCGAAAAAUAAUAUAAGGACCAGAUUGUAAGAGCCAGACGUACGUAGGGUGGAAUAAAGAGGUCAACAUGCAGCAGACGGUGAAUCAGCUUCGCGCGCCCGAGCUCGCUCCCUGCCCUAACAUGAACGACAUGACCCCUAGGGGUGGGGCGUGUGCUGGGGUCAGGCAACAGAACCCCUCUGGGGCGAAGAACUGUCAGUACUGGACGAGUACUCCCGGGUGGGAGCAAGACACGAUCCCAAUGGACUCCGUGAAUCUGGAAGAUCUCAAUUAUAACCAGUAUCGAUACCAAGUCUAUGCCAAGCCAACCGACUACCAAUGCCAUACUCAUCUGAGCACCAAAGCGCCUGAAAGAGUCUACGUGCCGCCCAACACGGACAUCCGGGCCCUCCGCCAGACGACAUACAUCCCCCUCCUGCCGACCAAGCCCGGGGGUGAGAGGGAGGUCACAUUCCCCAUGACGCCCCAGACCCUUGGGCAACCGGAUGUGACGACAGCCUGCUGUGUGCCUGUCAUCCCCUGCAACCCGGGUUUCAUGAACCUGACCCCUCACGUUCUGCCCGACCCCCGCUGCUACUGUGAUUCUCAUCUCAAGUGCAAGCCCCCACCCCAGCUGGUGCCCCGGAGGAUCGACAUAGUGGCAGAGAUGGAGACCCUGAAGACGCCCCGAACCUCCCCCUUCUGUGGCUAUAACGCCCUCCCGCCCGCCCAGCAGUUCAUGAUGCCCCCCUCCAACCACCCAGGGAACGCCUGCUCUGGCUUCUAUGCCACCUUCCCACCCCCCAACCAGCUCUACGGGCAACAAGGCAUGCAGUCAUCCGGCCCACCGGUCAUGCAGUCAUAUAACCAACAAGCCAUGCAGUCAUAUAACCAACAAGUCAUGCAGUCAUAUAACCCGCAAGCCAUGCAGUUGACCCCGAUGCACCCUGACCCCAAUACCGCUUCCAUGAGUACGUGCGCCAACGUGUCGUCCAAUACUCAGCUGAAUGAACCAUCCCAACAAGCCGUGGGUUCGGGCCCAGGGCAGACUGAGCCUGGGCAGUGCUUUAAUGGCGGAAAUGAAUACGUCAGUAACAUCAACGAUGGAUUAAAUCCUAGAGGAGGUCCGGACUCGAAAUGCCUGGUGCCAGAAACGUUUAGAUUUGCCGACCGCGUUCAGAGGUUGACAGAAAGCAAGAUGGAGACGCAGGAACAACGCGAUAUCCGGCUCCGAACGAUGUACGGCUCCUACGGCUCCUACCUGCUAGCGAGGGUCACACCUAGGCGCAACUUGCUCGGCCCACCCAACAACAUCUUCCUUCAGGGUAACGGCUUCCAGUGGAGCCACCCCCAAAACGUCAAUCAGAUGUGUUACGUGCUAUCAAGAAACACGCGGUGUUAACAACAAAAAACAAAUAUCCAAUGUUUUACAAUCCCUAGGCUCAAUGAGAUCGAUAUGUCCAUCUUGACAUAAUAGUAGAUCAACCAAAACUCUUAGUGUAAACUAUCAGUGUAUUCUAAAUCUUAAAACUUCAACAUACAAAUUAUAUGACUGUUUGACUUGAUGGGGAAAAAAAUAAAAGAAAAAAUAUGUUUUGUUGAAGAGAAACUCGUCUUUUGUGCUGUGCCAUCAACUCAUGACAAAAUAAAAACUAA